AUGCUCUCAUGUCAGUCCAGGCUGGACGUGCCGCGGCGGCAGCUGCAGCGCGGCUCGGUGCCUCGGCCCGCGGCCCGCCGAGCCCAGUCUCGCAGUCGAGUGAUUGGAGGGCGGUCAGACAAGAUGCCCCUCUCGGUAGGUGACAAGUGCCCCGAAAUUGGUCUCCAGGACCAGGACGGGGAAGAGGUCACUCUCGCGUCGCUCGCCGGGAAGUACGCAGUGAUCUACUUCUACCCCAAGGACAACACCCCCGGGUGCACGAAGGAGGCGUGCGGCUUCAGCGAGGAGUGGAGCGGUUUCAAGGAGGAGGAUGCGGUGGUCUACGGCGUCUCCAAGGACACCGCCGCGAGCCACCAGAAGUUCAUCGCCAAGUUCAAGCUCGCCUUCACGGGCCUCCUCGUCGACUCCGACCUCGCGUUUUGCAAGCGCAUGAAGUCCUACGGACAGAACCAGCGCGGCACGACGGGGCUGCUGCGCCACACGUACCUGGUGGACCCCGCGGGGACUGUUGCGGCGGUGUGGACGUCGAACUGCGCGACGACGCACCACGCAGGGACGGUCCUCGCGGCACUCAAGGCGCACAAGUCCGGCGCCGGCGGCGCGGCGAAGCCCGUGUCCGCGGUGAAGAAGGUCGCUGCCGCGGUGAGCAAGGCUGCGGAGACGGUGAAGAAGGCCGUGGGGGUCCGGAAGACGGUGGAGACGAAGAAGACGCCGGCGAAGAAGAAGGCGACGCCGACCAAGAAGGAGACGGCUGCGAAGAAGGAGAAGGCUUCGGCCAAGAAGGAGAAGGCAACGCCGGCGAAGAAGGAGACGCCAGCGAAGAAGGAGAAGACUUCCGCGAAGAAGGCGACGCCGACGAAGAAGGCGACGCCCGCGAAGAAGGCGACGCCGGCGAAGAAGGCGACGCCGGCGAAGAAGGCGACGCCUGCGAAGAAGGCGGUUGCGGCAAAGAAGACGAUUGAGAAGAAGGCGCCGGCGAAGAAGAAGGCGACGCCGGCGAAGAAGGGCAAGGCCGCGAAGAAGUGA